GUGUUUCCGUUGCUUGGAGUGGGCUGAGAGCAGUUGCCUGGAACCUACCGCGCUCGCAUCCCUGCCCUGCCCUGCGCGCCGCCGUCCCGCGCCCCCAGGCUGUCCCGGAGGUUUGCAUCACCUUUUCCUGACCUGAGCAGUCGCCAUGGCACAGGUUAAAGGCACUGUGACUGCCUUCCCUGGAUUUGAUGAGCGGGCUGAUGCAGAAACUCUUCGGAAAGCCAUGAAAGGCCUGGGCACUGAUGAGGAGAGCAUCUUGACUCUGUUGACAUCCCGAAGCAAUGCUCAGCGCCAGGAAAUUGCUGCAGCUUUUAAAACUCUGUUUGGCAGGGAUCUUCUGGAUGACCUGAAAUCAGAACUGACUGGAAAAUUUGAAAAAUUAAUUGUGGCUCUGAUGAAACCUUCUCGACUUUAUGAUGCCUACGAACUGAAGCAUGCUCUUAAGGGAGCUGGGACAAAUGAAAAAGUACUGACAGAAAUUAUUGCUUCAAGAACACCUGAAGAACUGAGAGCCAUAAAACAAGUCUAUGAAGAAGAAUAUGGCUCGAGCCUGGAAGAUGACGUGGUUGGGGAUACAUCAGGGUACUACCAGAGGAUGUUGGUGGUUCUCCUUCAGGCUAAUAGAGACCCUGAUGGUAGAAUUGAUGAAGCACAAGUUGAACAAGAUGCUCAGGCUUUGUUUCAAGCUGGAGAACUGAAAUGGGGGACAGAUGAAGAGAAGUUCAUCACCAUCUUUGGAACACGAAGUGUGUCUCAUUUGAGAAGGGUGUUUGAUAAAUACAUGACUAUAUCAGGAUUUCAAAUUGAGGAAACCAUUGACCGAGAGACUUCUGGUAAUUUGGAGCAAUUACUCCUUGCUGUUGUGAAAUCUAUUCGAAGCAUACCUGCCUAUCUUGCAGAAACCCUCUACUAUGCUAUGAAGGGAGCUGGGACAGAUGAUCAUACCCUCAUCAGAGUCAUGGUGUCCAGGAGCGAGAUUGAUUUGUUUAACAUUAGGAAGGAGUUCAGGAAGAAUUUUGCCACCUCUCUUUAUUCCAUGAUUAAGGGUGAUACGUCUGGGGACUAUAAGAAAGCCCUCUUGCUGUUGUGUGGAGGAGAAGAUGACUGAGGUACCAACUGGAGAGAGACCCCUGUGCCGUGCCUCCCACUGCCACCACGACCUUCCUUUACAUCUCGCUGCACUUUCUGUAUGCCAGUGCUUGACACAUUGCCUCAUUCAUACUAGCAUGCUAAUGACCAAAACAUACAUGUUGCAGAAGAAAAAUAGAGGUGCUUCUUUCUGAUAUUCAGUUAAGAUCUUUCUCUCUGUUUAUUGUAGUACUGUAAGGUACUUAUGUUACUAAAGUCUAAAGUCUGGAUCAUUUAUAUUUUCUUUUUAAGUAUGAGACUGCUUUUAGCCUUUUUUAAAAACUUCAUUUAUAUUAAAUUGAUAACUGUAUUUCCUUCAUUGGAACUUUAGCCUUGAAAUUAUGAACACCUGGAAACGUUAUUAAUCAAGUUUGCUACUAAAUUAAACCUGAAAAAUUAUGGUGGUUGCAUUCAAAAGAUUAAUGAAAAAUAAACAUUUCCUCCCUCCUGAA